ACUGACGCCUCAGAUAACUGUCUGCAGGAGUUUUCUGAGAAAAGUCUUAGUACCCUUUUCCACUGAGCAGAAAACAAUCAACAGUCAUGGCAAGGGGUCAACAGGCCAACCAGGAGCUCACCGAGGUGUUCAACCAACUCUGGCACCUUGAUACCAACCGUCUCAGACCGGGGACUGAUUACAUAAUUUCCCUCCAGGGGAGGGCAGAUUACGUGGCUCAGGGUAGUAACUAUGCCAGAGACAGAGCCAGGGCUCCGCUCUUCAAGUACGUCAACGAAGACAAACUCAAGAGCAUCGAGACGUACGCUCAUUUCAUCAACUUGCUGGACAACUACGAGGCGUCCACAGGCGUGUCUGAGACGGUAACGUCAGAGGAGCUUCAGGAGAACAGAAUCUUUAUCGACGCCAUAAUGGAGACUGAUGUCAUGAAGUGUGCUCACAAGUAUCUGGUCAGGAAGGGACAGUCGCCAUCAAAUCCCGGACAUUUCAAGAGACAGCUGUACGACAUCUGGUUCCGCCUCUACCACAGGGACAGGAGUGGAGGGGAGGAUUCCUGUGGAUUUGAACACGUGUUUGUGGGAGAAACCAAGUACGGCCAGGAGGUCAUGGGUCUUCACAACUGGGUCCAGUUCUACCUGCAGGAAAAACACAACCACGUUGACUACAAAGGCUACAAAGCAAGAGACAACAAAGAUACACCCGAUGAAGAUGACCAUGUCCUGAACCUGCAGUUCAGCUGGAAAGGUUUGGUGAAGCCGGUUGGCAGCUCCUUCAUUGGCGUCAGUCCAGAGUUUGAGGUAGCUCUCUUCACCAUCAUCUUCCUCAUGUCGACUGAGAAGAUGACGUCCGUGACGGUGAAGGUGGACGAGUACAUGCUGGAGCUGGUUGUCUAUCGGCACGGACGAUCCAUCGGUACGUCCUACCCCAAACUGCUCAGCAGCAACAACAGGGAUCUGUGAUACUGCACCAAUCUGAGCUGGCAGCUGUAAAAACCUACGUUUAAAUUUACACUUUCUGUUACAUUUCAUUCCUACAAAGUAUGAACCUAAGACGAAUCUGGAUCAGGUUCUCUUUGCACCAAAUGUUAGGCUUUAACUGUUUAUAAUCAGCAAAGUUUGUGGCGAGAAAGAGAUAUUUUGUUAUUAAUCUUUUAUUAUUAUUCAGUAUUGGUAUUAUUCUGUAUGCUGUUAUCGAGUAAAUAAAAAUGUCUUUUGUUUA